AUGGCGCCCCUAAAACUGGCCGUUGUCGGUGGUGGCCCUUCGUCUUUCUAUGUUGCUUCUCGACUGCUGUCUCUACUGCCACAAACGAGCGUACGAGGCGAAAAUCUGCGCGUUCAUAUGUAUGACCGAUUGUGGGCACCACACGGGCUAGUUCGUUAUGGUGUCGCGCCAGAUCAUCCUGAAGUUAAGAACUGCACCCAUAAAUUCGACCAGGCCGCCAUGGACCCUCGUUUUCGAUUCUUCGGGAACAUACACGUCGGUGCUCGGCCGUCAACCAUCAUCCCCCACGCACGCUCCAUCUCUCUAUCUUCACUAGCGCCACAUUACACCCACCUCCUCUUCGCCACAGGAUGCACCGUCCCGACCUUCCAUCCCGCCCUCCCCGCAUCCGAUCUAGUCGUACCCGCGCUCUCAUUCGUACAUUGGUAUACUCAACAUCCGUCGCGACCACGGAUACCUUCACUAGAAAAAAUAGAGCACGUCACGCUCAUAGGACAGGGAAACGUCUCGCUGGACGUUGCGCGGAUUUUGCUCACUUCGCCUUCCGUUCUGGAGAAAUACGACGUCCCGGAGACCGUACUCGAAAUUCUACGACGGUCUGCCGUAAAACAUGUGUCCAUUGUUGGGCGCAGGGGUCCGCUUGAAGCUGCAUUCACCGUGAAGGAGUUGCGCGAGAUGAUGAAUCUUUCGGAAGCGUCUAUGGUCCCUCUGGAUCCGUCGCUCCUCGAACCUCCACCGGACACCAAACUUAAUCGACAACAGACUCGGACGCUGCAAUUGUUACGCAAAGGAUCAGUUAAUGAACACGGGAAAACACCAAAAACUUGGUCCCUCGACUUCUUCCGCUCCCCAACCGGCCUCGCACCUCCCUCUCCAAGUUCACCUGCCGCAAACCUUACCCUCGCACAUACUUCUCUCGACUCAUCCAACCACGCCAUUCCCACCGGUCAAACAUCCACUCUCGCCACAAAUCUGGUCGUCACAUCCUUAGGACACCGUUCUGACCCGACACAAGAGUUCUACGACCCCGCGCUCGCACAUCUGCGUACUCUGAGUGGUAGGGUUGUUAGUGCGGAAGGACACGUUGUCAGGAAUGUGUAUGCGAGCGGGUGGGCUGCGAUGGGUGCGAAGGGGGUUUUGGCUUCGACUAUGAUGGAUGCUUAUGCGGUGGCGGAUACGAUUCUUUCGGAUCAGUUUCCUGAUGCCGCGGAGGGAGAGGGAGUGCAGACUACACACGCACCUGCGAGAGGGGCGGAGGGUGUUUUGGAGGAUGCGGUGGAGGGGCUGGGUCUGGGCAAGGACGUGGAUUUGGAGAAUGUGCCGGAAGAGGUAGAGAGGGGCGUUAUGGAGGGUGAGGUGACGCAGUAUGGGGACUGGAAGAGGGUGGACGAAGAAGAGGUGAGGAGAGGAGAGGUGUUGGGGAAAGAGAGGGAGAGAAUGGGGUGGGAGGAGGCGAGGGAAUUUUUGCGGAAGGCUUGAUUGUGUGGUGUUUCAUCUAUUCAUUGUUUAAUCUAUCCAUUAGCAUCCACCACUCCGAUAUAUC